CGUACACUCUAGUUUAGACAGUAGGAGCAGAGACGAACAAAGAAGACCCGAUCAAAAAUCUUCAUCUGUCGAAAUGUAGAUGAAAUUUGGAUUAAAAACAGGUCAUUUAUAAAGAGGAAUAUCCUUAAUCUUGCAAUAUACGGUUUGACUCAUGCAGUGAAGUCUAGAUGCAGAUUGUAGAUGGAUGAGGAACUUGGUGACCAGAAAUCUACCCCAGUCUCAUUGGGACAUUAACUCCCGAAGAGAAAAAUGAGCUCAGAGCACCAGGCCACAGUGGACAAAGGCUUGAGAAUGAAAAUUACCAAACGCACUAACAAAAAUACAGCAGCCAUGAAGAAUGAAAGUAAAAAUGAAUCCCCAAAAAACGGUGAUCAGAAAAAUUCUCAAAAUGAGAAAGAUGGAGGAUCAAGUGGGGGUGCAGCUAAUGGAGGAAUGAACAAACCAAACACUGCAGGGGAGAAGUCCCCUAAGGUCAAAGGUGUUCAUAAGAAGGACAGAGGGAAAGAAACAAAGGGAGGUAAAUCUGGCGAUGGAGGAACUACAGGUCUGGCCUCUGUCAGUGCAUCACUAGAUAAUGCUUUUUCUCAGGUGUCUUUGGAACCCAAACUUGGAGAAACAGCAGACCCAUACGAAUUUAAUGCAAAGGUUGAAGAUGGCAUUAGUAUACCUGUUAAAAGCAAGGGGAAAGGAGAUAAAGAAAAGGGUGAGGCCAAUAGUGAUGGAGUCUCAGAUCAAUGUGUGGGCACGGAUACAUGUUCUGUUGCCACGGAAACAGAACCAGAUUGUCUGGGUCCAUGUGAGCCAGGCACACAUGUGAAUUUAGAUGGCAUUGUAUGGCAGGAGACUGAAAACGGUGUGUUAGUUGUCAAUGUUACAUGGAGAGGAAAAACCUAUGUUGGAACUCUGCUGGAUGCCACCAAGCAUGACUGGGCACCACCAAGACCUAACUGUGAAUCUCCUGUGAGUGAUUUUGAGACAAGAACCCCCAAAGGAAGAGGUGCAAAAAGGGGGCGGGGCAGUUCUACAGGAACACCUGUUAAUGAAAAACUAAUGGAAGGGAGAAAACUGCGCAAGGGUAGACGGGGCAGCACCUUCACGGCACCUCCUAGUCCCGCUAAAUCAGACAUCUCUACUCUCUCUACUAGUUCUGGCCUGAAACGUAAGGGGCGCCCAACUGAUAUAGAUUUAUCAGGGGAGAAGUCAAAAAAGAGGAGUAGAUCUUGUUCUCGUGGAAAUUCUGGAGAGGUUGAGAGCCCCUUGUCAGGAUUACUUGAGUGUCCUGAGCCAUCAUGUAAUAAGAAAUACCGAAAUCCAAAUGGUCUUCGAUACCACCAGUCUCAUGCACACACAUCUGCUGGUAGUGGGGUAGACAUGGAUGAUGAAUCACGAGAUAUGAUGGAUAAUGAAGAUUCUAUUUUAGAUGAGCUGGAGAGUAACCUUGGUGAUAAUAACUGUGAUGUGAAUUCUAGUGCUAUAAAUAAUGACCUCAAUCAACUGGAAAUUGAGGAGGAAAGUAACUUCAGUGUAAAGAGAUCAGACGAAGACUUCUCUCGGGAUGGGGCUGCAAUCAAGGCUGAAAGUAGAGAAACUGAUAGUGCUACAGUGUCUCAAGUGAGUCAAGUUCCCAUUAAACCAAUCAAAAAGGACAUUAUAAGUGUCGCUCCACAUAUACAUCCUACUCCGUCAGUGGCAGUGGCCACUGCAACUCCAUUCCAUGUCGUAUCUACACAACAAGUGUCACCAAGUUUUGGGAACACACUCUCACAAUCAAAAUCUGUGUCCACUGGAUUAGUAACCCCAAUAACUGCAACCAUAGUGACAGCCACUCCCAUACAGACUUCCCUGCCUUUGAAUGACCAAUUAGCAAAGCCUCCAAUAAGGCCAAAAACAGGAACUGGUCACCCCCGUCCAAUCAUGCCUUCAAAUUUCAUUGCCUUGACAACAAAUGCAGCUCACAGUAAUUUGACACCAGUGACUACACAUGUCCCAAGCACAACACAGCUGAAGCCUAUCCAACCAAAGCCAACUGUCAUGGGGGAAACACCCCUUGUUAACAAUGUUCUUCUGGGACUUAAUAAAGAAAGAAAACAAAAACCAAAGAAGAAAGCAAAGGACUCUGUGUCACUGCCAAUAUCCUGCACAUCAACAUUAUCAUCUACAACUACUUCUACCUCAUCAUCACCUUUUGGUUCAAGCCACAAAAAGUCUCUUGUAAAACUGGAUGGAGGUAAACAUGAACCACAGGGUGUUAUAAAAGUAGCUCCAAUUGUAGCUAAACCCAUAGAGACAAAACAAGAAAAAAUAGAACCUGAACCCAUUCGACCCCUUGGUGCUAAUGUAGGGGUGAUUCAAGCCCAGGUUCAUCCAAUGAAGGGGAUUGACUUGUCCUCUAGAUGCAAUGAAUCCUCCCCUAGUGUUUUAAAAGUGACACCAUCACUGCAUGUGCCAGAUAGCAAUAAGAAUAUGUCAGACAAUGUGCAAAGUCCGGCAUACUCGGACAUCUCUGAUGCAAAUGAUGGUGGCUCACCAGACCCUCCCCCUGUUAGUGAAAGUCCACAAAUCAGAAUCGAGGAACAAGUGCCAAUCAGCAAGCCUAAAGACUUGUCAACAGAAGGAAAUUCUGGCUAUGGCAUGUAUGGGCAGUAUUACCCUCAAUCAAACUAUAUGUUACAAAAUCUUUCCCCAUCAGCUCACAGUCCAUCAAACUCUCAAAAGCCAUCUGGUUCUGGAGUGACUAAGGAUCAUCCAUCGGAUCCUAUACAGUCCUCUAGUUCUGAUGCACCAAGGAAAAUAAAGGCAGAGGCUAAAGAUGAAAAGAGGGAUGGAAGUGAGACUGGAAAAAUGGAGGCUGUCCGUCCCUUCUCUCAAUCUGACUACCAUCUUCAGCAACAGAAAUGGAUGCAGAUGUAUUACCUACAAAAUUUACCCCAUCAUCAGCAGUAUCAAUACAUGCCUAACUAUGGACCUAUGGUGGAUCCAGGAUACCAUAUGCAUAUGAUGCAGACUGAUCCAAUGUACAGGCAGAAUUUUGAGAAGAUGAUGGAUGACCCUCGUAGAAUGGCAGAAUACAUGACUAGUGCUGAUUACAAACCAAAAUCGGAUGAUGGAGGUCCGAGAUCAUCUUCUGCAGGACCCUCUAGCUCUGAAGGCCACAAGGCAGUGGGAGACAGCAGAGAGGACAAUGCUGAUGACAGAUUAGGACGAGACAAACAGAACGAGAAUCAUCAGAUAAUGAGAGAAAACCAUGAUCUCAAGACACAAAUGGAUCGUAUCAGAGGUGAACAACCUUCAGGAAGUGAUCGGGACAGGAGUCAUUCACGGCUGACCGAGGAACAACAGCGAAGACAAUAUAUGUUUCAACAACAGAAGCAUAUUGAACAGCAGAAACGUGAAGAACAGAGACGGUCAGAGGUCAAAUCUGAGAAGAUGGACUCAAAACGAGAUGAAACUUCUAAAAGGGAAAGCGAUUCAAAAUCAAAACUAGAUAGUUCUCGAGGAUUUGAUGACAAAAACAGGGGACAAUCAGCAAUAGAUAAAUCAAGAGUUACAGAUACACCUAAAUCAAAAGUAGGAAUUUUGAGCAAGGAUUCGGGGCCCCACACUCCAUCAUCUUCCUUGCCAAGCUCCGUAGCUCAAUCUCCCUCGGCAGGGUAUUCUCCCUAUAAUAUGUACCACAGCCAGUUCAUGCAGUCUCAGCCAUAUGGACAUGUUCAGUUUGAUCCCUCACAUCCAAUGUACCAGAGGGGCAUUAACCCUAGCAUUAUGUAUCCAGCAGGAGGAUACAUUCAUCAUCCCUCCCAACUAGGAUACAGAUUGGGUGAAGACACACUGGAAAAGGACCCAGUAAAACCUCCCAAAGUGCCAAUAGAAACAGAUAUCAAAGUCCCAUCAGAAACUGCCCAUAAUGCUUUGUAUCAUUCAGGAAGUAGCCAUAAAAUACACGAACUUCAGGAGAAGAGUAGGAGGAGUCCACUCAGAGCAUCUCCAGGACUGGGAAAGACUGACAGUGCUGUUCCAGGCCCCUCUGGAUCCCUCUCAGGAAGUGUAGAUAAAGGCCGGGAAUUUAGCAAGUCCCCUCCCACACAGAGACAUGUUCACACACAUCAUCACACACAUGUGGUUGAGGCAGCAUAUCCCAUGUAUCCAUAUUCAGCAGCAGGUAUCCUCCCUGGCAGCCAGUCAUCUUCCCCAUCGUCCAGUUUAAAUCAUGCACCCUAUCCUCCCUCCAAAUAGCCUGCCUGUUCCUGGUCUACUCCAGCUAGUCACAUUACUAUAAAUAGUUCAGCUAGUCAACAACCUCUCCGACAGGUACAGUUAUCUUCUCUUGGAGAUGAACGGAAAAAUUCCACAACAGAUCUGCAAGUUAUCUUCAUUACUCACUGUCUAUGCAGGGCAUGUUAACUGAAUCUUUGUGAUUCUGACAAAAAAAUAUGUUGUUGAAAUGAAGAAAUAUAAACUGGUCUUUUUUUAAUCCAAUUUGCAUUAUUUAAUACAUGCACCUUGUUCUUGCAAGUAUGUAUACAGUGAUGUUUCAGAGAGUAUGCUACUUGAGUAUAUUUACAGGUUUCAAAAUACUUUUGAUCAUUAUGAAUCCUUCUGUGAAUCAAAGUCCAGUUCUUCAAAGCUGUUAGGCAUGUGUAUAUAAAACAUACUUGUAUAUUUUGAUAGAAAAAGUAUUAGACAUUUUCUCAAUUUUUUUUUCUCCUUUGAAAGUUUUCAAAAAUGGGCAGGUUCUAGUUAGUUUUCCUCUUGAUGAAGGUACAUUUGUAAAAGAGGGGUUUUAACUAAUAUACACAUAAUUAUAUGCUAAAUGACAGUAUUAAUUCAUUGUCAGAUGUUAAUUCAGAUAAUCAAGUAAAUAAUUCAUCUCUCCAAAAUAGCUGACUAUAUUGUUAUUCUUUUAAAUGUUUACUUGUACAUUGUGUUUUUCAAUCUCUUUAUUGCAUCUGUCUAUUUACUUGUAUCCUUCUUUUUUCUGUUUUUCACAGUGAGGUGAUAUAAAAAAAAGUAUAUAUAUAUGUAAUUGUAGCAAAUUCACUGCACAUGAGUUUAGUGAAGACUGAGACAAUUUGUGAAUGUAUGUAUACAUUAUAUACAGGAUAUGCUUUCCAAGGGACUGUGGAACGAGUGAGAAUUUUUAUAUGUGUAAUCUUUAGCUUGUACAGACUGUGUUGAUAGAUUUUAUUACAAAAAAAGCUGCAAGUUGCAGUCUAGUAUCAGGGGCUCAGUGAACCCUGUUUUAUAUAUUGAAUAAAUUUCUGUAAAAAUA